UUUAAAAUCUCGAGGUAAUUUGCCUUUCACUCGUGCAAACACUCGUCCUAGCUCUGGUGGAGCAAGGAACGCUUCCUGAAUCGGGACUUGGCUGGAGGCCCAGUAAAAACCACAUGCUGGAUAAAAGAAGUCCGAGAUCAUGGCAGGGAAGCCCAAGCUGCACUAUUCCAACAUAAGGGGAAGGAUGGAGUCAAUCCGAUGGCUGUUAGCAGCAGCUGGGGUUGAGUUUGAGGAACAAUUUGUAGAAAAGAAGGAAGACCUAGAAAAAUUAUGCAAUGAUGGAUACCUGCUAUUUCAGCAAGUGCCCAUGGUGGAGAUUGAUGGGAUGAAGAUGGUGCAGACAAGAGCCAUUAGCAGCUACAUAGCAGCGAAGUACAACCUCUAUGGAAAAGACCUGAAGGAGAGAGCCUGGAUUGAUAUGUAUGUGGAGGGAACAAAAGACCUGAUGGAAAUGAUUAUGUAUCUCUCCUUACAACCAGCCGACACAAAAGAAAAGAAUCUUGCCUUAAUCAUUGAACGAGCUACAACCAGAUACUUUCCUGUUUAUGAAAAGGCCUUAAAAGACCAUGGCCAGGAUUAUCUUGUUGGCAACAAAUUAAGCUGGGCAGACAUCCAUCUGCUGGAAGCUAUUUUAAUGGUAGAAGAAUGCAAGCCUGGUAUACUGUCUGCAUUCCCUCUGCUACAGGCUUUUAAAGGAAGAACAAGCAACAUUCCAACAAUCAAAAAAUUCUUACAGCCUGGCAGCCAGAGGAAGCCACUAGAAGAUGAGAAGACUGUUGCCACGGUGAAGAAGAUAUAUGGUAUCUAACCACGUGGCUGCUUAAGAUUACAUAACUGUAGUAGAUUACCAGAGCUGUGCCUUGUUAAGUGUAAAUUGCAUAGAUUCAUUCUGUGGUUUGCAUCAUAUAGCCUGUGAUGUCAUAAUCAUGGAAACAAAAUACACUUUUAAGCUACAGAAAAAGUCAAAUUUAUAUCUGUUGAGUCCAGAAAAUAGUAUUUUGUGGAGCAGCUGCAUGAAAAGAAGUAAGCUGA